CUACAAGCAAAGCAAAAAUCCUCAAGAGCAAAACUACAAUGAAGACGGUUGCAGCUAUUGUUAUUCUUGCCUGUUUGCUUUUUAUUGAUGUGAAAGGGCAGGACAGGGUUUCCAAGGGCAGGUGUUUCUGUGCUGACAAAGGGGUGAACAUGGUUUUAGUGAAGAACAUUGAGAAGGUUGAAAUCAUCCCUCCAAGUCCCUCUUGUGGAAAGCAGGAGAUAAUUGUCACUCUGAAGAAAGGUGCAGGUCGGAAAUGCCUGAAUCCAGAGUCUCAGUUUACUCAAAAUGUCAUCAUGAAGGCUCUUGAAAAAAGGAGCCAGCCAGUUUCUUGACUUGAUUCUCAAUGAAUCCAGAUCAGUUACAUUGUUGUGCCACUGAAGAACACCCUUAAAUCAGCACCUUCAGCACCAACACCCAUCAGAUUACUGUAUUUAUACAAUUCCUAUAUAGUUUGAAGUUUAAUGAAAUUAACUUCAGAAAUCAUGUUGAAAACAUUUCGUAAAAUAAUUUCCUAAAUUAUUUGUCUAACAAUGGCUUGUAAAAAGCAUUUCCUUUUAUAAAUAAUUAUUUCAUUUUCCCAGUAUUCUUAAAACCAUUGAA